AGAGAGAGAGGGGAGGGUGUGCGGGCUGCUGGUAGGCUGUGAGCAAGACGCAGCGAGUAGGAACAGGAGAGAGAGAGCGACGGAGGAGCCUCGACAUCUGAAAGUUUUAAACCAAUGAUCGCGGUUGGCGAUGCGGAGCAGGACCGGGGGUUCCUCCAACAUGUGGAAAGAAAACAAGUUCCACAUCACGGACUGCUUCAGGCAGAGACAGAUUUAGGUUUCACCGCUGAGGGAGGGCAUUCUCUGUCACGUUUUAUAUUCGGGGAGGACGGGAAUGUAAUAAUGGGGAACUGAAAAAAGAAAAAAAAACUACAAAGGAUUAAAAUGCAUCGCAUGCCCAUAUGCUGCACUGUGCUCCGAGGACUAAAUAUUGCUUUAGUGUUUAUGAAAGUGAGGACGUAGCGGCACGUUGGAAUACUCCGGGAGUUACUCAACAUUGAAGAGGGACUCGUAUGGAUCAGAGGUCUUCAGUAGAAGGUAAGAGACCGGGCUUAUUACUCGCCAACACUUCCCCGACCAUUCGUGUAUAAAUCUUUGUAGACUUAAUUAGCUUUCAUUUAAAGCUUCAUGACGUUUUUUUUUCUUCAUUAUUUUAUACAUUAAAAAAUGAUCCUUUAGGUUAAAUUAUUGUACAAAUUUCAUAAAAACUGAUUUCAUUGGUUUUUAACUCACUGUAUUUAUAAAUUGAAACAUGUUUUUAUAGAUCAUUUUUUAAAUUUAUUUCCUUUAAAAACAGAAACCUAUAUUAAAAAAAGCGAUUCAGAAUUCUUCUGUAAAUUUUCUAAAUUUUAAAAAGAUAUUUUCCGUGUGGUGACCAUUACUGUAAAGCCCCACCUUAUUAUACCAUCACGCUGACCAAAAACAAAGAGCGCGUGGCCGUGUUUUGCCGUCAUUUAACCAAACCGCUGGUUCUUUUAAGUGGCUUACUGGAUGACAACAGCACCAGCCUCCCAGGAACGUGAGGACCCCUGCUAACAUCUCACAGCGGAAGUCCUAAUCCAGUGGGGAUUAUUGCCAGCACUGGAGUUUAAAGUGUGGACCUGUUCUUUUUUUUGUUGUUUCCCUCCAAGCAGAGGAUCCAUACUCAUUUUUAGCUCCUUCCUUUGGUCCGCACAGUGAAAAAAAAGGGACGAAGCACCCGGGGCAUUGACCCUGAGCUGUCCCGCCCCACACCGUGUCCCUGCCUGUGGGACACAGUGACCAUGCUGACCGAGUGUCCAGCACCAGAAGGAUCAGAGCCCCGACCCGCGCCAAGGCCUGCCGUGCCCUGUGCAGCACCAUGUCUCAGGCCGUCGCUGCUACUCUGCAGGCUAACGGCUCACAGUCCGGGGAAGAGCCUGAGGUGAAGCUGAAAUGGGCCGCCCUGCUCAUCGUCAUGGUCAUAGUCCCCACUAUUGGCGGAAACAUCCUGGUCAUCUUGGCUGUGUCCCUUGAAAAAAAGCUGCAGAACGCCACCAACUACUUUCUAAUGUCGCUUGCGGUGGCGGAUCUGUUGGUGGGACUCCUCGUGAUGCCCAUCGCCCUCGUUACCGUUCUGUACGAUUCUGACUGGCCUCUCCCGGAGCCACUCUGCCCCAUUUGGCUGUUCCUAGACGUGCUUUUUUCUACCGCCUCCAUCAUGCACUUGUGCGCCAUUUCGCUGGAUCGCUACAUCGCCAUCAAGAAGCCCAUCCAACACAGCCAGUACAAAUCCAGAACCAAAGCCAUGGUGAAGAUUGCACUCGUGUGGCUCAUAUCUAUUUGUAUUGCAAUCCCGAUUCCAAUUAAGGGGCUUAAGAACAACCACCUCCCCAACAACAUCACCUUCAACAGUAACCACACAUGCAUGCUGAAAACAGACACCUUCCACGAGUUCAUCAUGUUUGGCUCCAUGGCGGCAUUCUUCAUCCCUCUGACCAUCAUGAUGGUCAUCUACCUACUUACUGUCCGCGUGCUGCGCAAAAAGGUCUAUUUGCUCAGGUCACGUGUGACUCAGCGCUUCAGCUCCCCGACAGUCUCCACUGUCUUUCAAAGGGAACAGCCCGGGACUCCGCCCCAAUGGGGGCAACUUCACAACCUGGAGCGAAGACUCCCCCGGACGCAGGAGAAAACCUACGCGGACGGAAACAACUCUCCGACGGGAGACGAGAUCUCCUUCCGCAGGAUGUCGACAAUCGGCAAGAAGUCAAUGCAGACUCUGAGCAACGAGCAGCGCGCCUCCAAGGUGCUGGGCAUCGUCUUCCUCCUGUUCGUGGUCAUGUGGUGCCCCUUUUUCAUCACCAAUAUCACCUCCGUGCUGUGCACCAGCUGUGACGGCCGCGUGAUGGCCCGCCUCAUGGAGAUCUUUGUUUGGGUGGGCUACGUGUCGUCGGGCAUCAACCCCUUGGUCUACACCUUGUUCAACAAAACGUUCAGGCAAGCGUUCACGCGCUACAUGACCUGCGAUUACGAGAGCACCGCUGGUUACGGCCCGGGGAGGCGCCCGAGGGCGUCGAAUGCCGAUUGGACCCUUACGCGGAUUUCAUUCAGAUCUUCUAUGGCAGAAAACUCUAAACGGAUCAUGAAGCAUGGAAUGAAGAACGGCAUCGGAGCGGUUAGCUACCAGAGCCGCCAAGCGCCCGCACAGCCCCCCGGUGGCGUGUUGCUGGACACAAUGCUUCUGACUGAAUGUGACGGUGGCAAGCCGGAAGAACUCGAUAGCUGCGUGUAGCAGUACCCGAAAAAUGAAUUUUUAAGCGAGCCCUUUAAAUGCAUCCAAUUGUAGCGUGUCCUUUUUAUCUCGUCAAAGAUUAAGGCUAGCCCCACAGCUCACAUUCAAAAUGCGAGUAAAAUGCUUUUACUACCAAGUUGAUUGCCAGAGAGUUCUUACUGCACACAACAUCCAAGCCCUCGUUGGCUGCUGCCGAUUAUCUAUCAGUUUUGAGUUUUUUUUCGUUAUGAUAAUUUCAGAGUAAGUAAAACUCCACUGAUAUGUGAGUUUACAGUCCAAAUUUACUCAAUAUGUCCAGAGGUCCAAUUAAUAAUGUGAAUUCUCCAAGACUGUUUCUAGCGUACCAGAAGAGUUUGAGUUUUCAAACGUUAUAGAACCUUGUGAUGACCUGUAACAGGUCAACUAGAAAAGGAGAACACAGAGUAUAAUGUUGUCCAUAAAAGAUCAAAUUUAGACGUUGUGGCCACCAGACAAAUGUUAGGAAUGAGUUCUGUGUGAAUACACACAUACGAUGUAUCCCUAUGCUGUUCCCGUCUAGUUGGGCUAUUUAUGCUUACAAUGCUACAUGUCGACAAUAAACUUGUAUUUGCUCGACUUCUGAAAAGCACUCGUGUGUGUGUAUUGCCGGCGGCUGUUUCGACAUGUUUGAAUUUUUCCAAA